AUGACACGAUAUCGAAUCAAGAAAAAAGAGGUAGAAGUUUCAACGAGGAAAAGGCUGAAGGCGUUGAAGGUGACGAAUCGAAGCGAAUUCAACGCCGGCACUGUCGGAGACGGCGGCGGAGGCAGUGAAGAAGAUGAAGAAUUGAGGCUGAAAGAGCUCGUCACGACAGCGCCGUUUCGGUUCAGAAGAGAAAGGAAGGAUCCAUCAUGCCUGAAAAAUCUAUGCGCGCUCAGUUCACGUCGUCUCUAUCUCCCCGCGGAAAGUACACCACGAUCGAUCCCCAUCGGAUUCAUUAAUUUGCAGAUUGCUCUUCUCUCAGAAGCUGUGAAGCUUCUCCAAUCCAGUGAAGAUCAGCGUGAUAUCAUUAGGGAUAGUGUGGCCUCAAUGUGGUGUGCGCAUGUGGCCUACUUAUUGAACAAAUCAAGAGAAGACAUGCGAAGAAUCGGCAAACAGCGCACCAGUGGACCCAAUGAUGCUUAG